AUGCCACCUCCAUUGCCCAAGCGCCCACCACCCUCCAUUCCAAACCGCGACCCUGAACAGGGGAUUCGAGCCUCUGUAGUCAAUGCUGGAGAGGCGGAAUUUGUCCCUUCUAGACCUGGUUCAAUCAAGCGCUCAUGCACCGUACCUGGACGCGCCGUACCGCCGAUCCCACCUCAGAGGAAUACUGGAGACUGUAAAAGUGUUCCAGAACCGCCUUUGACACGCAUUUCAGGCAACGAUGACCUGAAAGUACGGCUAAUGGCUCGCAAGCCACCACCGCCGCCUGGCCCUCGAAAGGUGCGCACGAUAGGUGUUCCUCAACACCCCCCAAGGCUCCCAAGCCAGGAGGCUGUUAAUCAACAGGAGGAUAACACCAUGCAGCCGCCCCAUUUUCAGGUGGACUACUCCGAAAGUGAAGAGGAUGGAAGCUUGGGAUCACACCCACAACCUCCGGCCGCCCUUGCUCAGCGAAGGCUCCCCCCUAUGCUUAAGCCCGUUUCACCACCUCCGGUGAUCAACCUAUCCACCAAGCCCAGACUGCAGCGCCCACUAGUCACCUCCGCUGCGAAUGGAACUCACUGCACUCAACAUAUACCGCACACUCCAACAAAUUACUGCCUGAAAUGUUACAAUUUUGACGGAGUAGACCAACACGCCUCGCUAUUCCCAAAGGAAUCAGUCACAUCCCUUACUGAACUGGCUCAAAACCUAACCGGCCCAUUCUCCACCGAAACAGAGAAGGCAAGGGCCAUUUUUGCCUGGCUCCAUUUUAACGUCAGGUACGACGUUAACUCGUUUUUCUCCGGGAACAUACAAGCAGCGACCCCGGAGUCUACGCUACGAUCUGGGUUGGCAGUGUGCGAUGGGUAUGCUGGCUUGUUCGUCCGAUUGGCUCAGUUGGCCGGGUUGCAGAAGGUAGAGAAGGUUGUUGGACACGGGAAAGGGUGGGGGAUAGAGCCAUUAGAAGAAGGGGCAAUGGUUCCUCCCCCAGAGAUGAACCAUGCAUGGAACAUCGCGUACCUGGAUGGAGAGUGGCGUCUAAUCGACGCUUGUUGGGGUGCAGGAGCGCUAAACGGAACAACCUAUACCCAGCACUUCAAUCCCUUCUGGUUUACCGCCGAUCCACUCGAGUUCGUGAAACGCCAUUACCCUACUGAAGAUCCGGCCUACCAAUUGAUACCUGACGAGACGGGUGGCCCAGUAUCUUGGAGGGAGUACAUGGGAGAGCGCAAACGCCCUAUUGUUUGUCGCGACUUCUAUGCAGCCAAUCUAGACGAGUACACAUUACAACCCGCUUGGGACGGCCUCCAAGGCGGAACGACACUCGCCUUCUCGGUUCGCAAACGAUGCGAGCACAUGUCCACAGCUGAAGCGGACAACUACGUCAUGCUAAUCGAUACCAACGACAAAGUGAAGACGCCGAUGUAUCUCAAUGACGAAGGGGCGUGGGUCGCAACUGUCCAGGUUCCUGCAGGCUCUGUGAUUUCACUCUACUACGUCAAGUCCAUUGGAGAGCAACCAGGGAAAGGAAUCAGGGUAGAGGAAUAUAACCAUGCAGUCGGUCGAAAAGCCAUGCAGUUCGGUGCAUACGCGCGAUGGAAUGCGAUGUAA